CCCGAAAACAAAGCUCGAAGGGGAUAACAAUGGCGUCCUCCGUCUUCGAACAACCGCCAUCAUCAACCUCUUUCUUCUCCAACAAUUCAAUCUCUAAAACUCAACGGCUUCUUCAUACUAAUUUCUCUCCGACACCAAAAACUGGACGAACAAUUCUUCUUCUGCAGUGUUCUACGUCCAAAACAAGCUCUAUAGUGUGUGCUGCAGCAAUUGAUCCACCGCCUCCGCCGGAUCAGAACCGGUUGCCGUCGACGGACGCUGACGUGGCGCUGGAAGUUGCUAGCGCCACCAGAGACCGCCGGAAGAUUGUUCGAGUUGCGUGGGAGAAGCUCGUCCGGUGGUCACGAUCGUUAAGGUCUAGGGCUAAAACUGACGUUCUAGAACGUACAAAUAAGGUGGUAGUUCUAGGCGGUGGAUCUUUCGGAACAGCAAUGGCUUCCCAUGUUGCAGGUAGAAAGGAGCAAAUGGAAGUUAAUAUGCUUGUACGCGAUCCUCAAAUUUGUCAAUCUAUUAACGAGAACCAUUGUAACCGUAAAUAUUUUCCAAACCACAAGCUACCGCAAAAUGUCAUUGCAACAAUGGACGCGAAAGCUGCUUUCACCGGCGCCGACUUUUGUCUCCAUGCUGUACCCGUACAGUUCAGUUGUUCGUUUCUGGAGGGUGUUGCAGAGUAUGUAGAGCCAGGACUUCCAUUUAUAUCCCUUAGUAAAGGGUUAGAGCUAAACACAUUGAGAAUGAUGUCUCAGAUAAUUCCACAAACGCUAAAAAACUCUCGACAACCGUAUGUUGCGCUCUCUGGGCCUUCUUUUGCACUCGAGUUGAUGAACAAGUUGCCUACAGCAAUGGUGGUCGCGUCGAAAGACAAAAAGUUGGCGAAAGCAGUUCAGCAACUUCUUGCUUCUAAAAACUUGAGAAUCAGCACAACGAGUGAUGUUACAGGAGUGGAGAUUGCUGGUGCGCUGAAGAAUGUACUUGCAAUUGCAGCCGGGAUCGUUGAAGGUUUGGAUCUUGGUAAUAAUUCUAUGGCAGCUCUUGUCGCGCAAGGUUGUUCUGAGAUACGAUGGUUAUCAACAAAGAUGGGUGCCAAGUCAACAACAAUAUCUGGUUUAUCUGGGACGGGGGACAUAAUGCUUACAUGCUUUGUUAGCCUCUCGAGAAAUAGAACAGUUGGUGUCCGAUUAGGUUCUGGGGAAACACUUGAUGAUAUACUCUCAUCCAUGAACCAGGUGGCUGAAGGUGUAUCAACUGCCGGAGCUGUGAUUGCAUUGGCACAAAAAUACAAUGUUAAAAUGCCGGUUCUAACAGCAGUUGCAAAGAUUAUAGAUAAUGAGCUAACCCCGCAAAAGGCUGUUCUUGAGUUAAUGAAUCUGCCGCAGGUUGAAGAAGUGUAAAUAAACAAUGCGAAUUCUUUAUCGUUUCCCCGGUUAGCACAAAUGAAACGUCCAGUUGACGUAAGAACAAAGAUGGAAAAGUAAGUAAAAAAAUCAGACUAUUUUUCUCAGAAUUAAAAUUCUGAAAUACAACACACAAUUUGACAAGAUACCAUUUUUCUUGAAAAAUUUUAUACAUACUUUUUUUUUCUUAGUUAGGGUUAAAAAGGUCAUUUUGGUCUAUUUAGUCUCCAAAUUGAAGUCAAAUAGGUGCAAAAGCGCCAGCAUUGUGUGAGAUAUUCUUAGCAUGUUGGCUUACAUUGUAUUCCUUUUUAUAUUGUUAUUGUUUUUUGAUGACUAUUGUUAGUGGUUACAAGUAGCGAUGUUCACCCGUUCGGGUUUUAGAUUU